UCAUCAUGAAAUAAGUUACUUAAAUUUUAUUUUCACUGCUUCCAUCACUUCAUCGUCAUCUAAGUUCAUUGCCAGCAAUAAUGUAUUUGGAUUUUGAAGAUCCGAACAAGAAGUCGGUUUCGUUUGGAACGACAUUAGACCGCGGUUUAUUCCCCCAUAUUUGCGCGCCUGAUCGAACGGGGAAUGAGUUAUAUCCACUGAGGGGGGCGCCACACAGGGGGCCUGGUUGCUAUAACAACGCAGAGGUCAGCAGCUUCACUUACGAUCUUGAUAAAUGGAUUUGUAGCAAGCGAGGAUAUACAUACGGCUCAAGAACGGACCCAAGAUUUAGAAAAAUUCACCAAAUGAUCACGCCCAGUCCGUCUCAAUACCAGAAGAAAUGGACGAACACAUCAAAACCAAAACCCGCAUAUCAACCGUUCGAAACAUCAGCCAUCAGGUUCAAACAACUGACCCAAGAUCCAAUGAUCACACCCGGACCAGGAAUAUAUGAACAUAAUGUGGCAAGGAACCGGCAAGUAAAAUGGCCGCAGCAGUUUGGCGCGCCCAUCAAACCAAUCCAACCGAAUAUACAAAGGAAGACACUCAAAACUGAGUUACUUUGUGACAAAGAAUUCAAGAAGUUUCGAAACCGAGUUGCGUAUUUUAAACUUUAUUCAUAAAUAUGUUGAAUACUUAACAGCAAUUUGGUUACUAAUUUAUGUUUUAUGUUACUGUAUAAAUUUUAAUCGUUGUCUUUAAAAAGUGUUAAAUAUUGUGUUUUGGUGCGCUGACAAUUGUAUGAAAAUUAAAAUACCCAUUUCGACAC